AGAUCGUACUGAUUGCAAUAGAUUCACGGGAGAGUGUGACUGUCCUGCUGGCUAUACAGGUCCAUCAUGUGCACAGCCAUGUCCCUUCGGCACAUAUGGAGUUGACUGUGCUAAUCGAUGCACUUGUACAAACGAUGGUACAUGUAAUAAUGUUAAUGGUAGAUGUACUUGUCCUGCUGGCUGGCAUGGUGUGCGAUGUGAGAAAGAAUGUGACCCAGGUUUCUAUGGGGAGAAUUGUGAAAACGUAUGUCGAUGUAGAGAUCGUACUGAUUGCAAUAGAUUCACUGGAGAGUGUGACUGUCCUGCUGGCUAUACAGGUCCAUCAUGUGCACAGCCAUGUCCCUCUGGCACAUAUGGAGUUGACUGUGCUAAUCGAUGCACUUGUAGAAAUGAUGGUACAUGUAAUAAUGUUAAUGGUAGAUGUACAUGUCUGGCUGGGUGGACAGGUAGUAACUGCCAAGAUCAAUGUCCACUGAAUACUUGGGGUCUUCAGUGUAGGAAUCGCUGCUCAUGCAAUGGUGGAUCAUGCUCACCAGGCGAUGGGACAUGCGUAUGUGAUGCAGGAUUUGAAGGCAGAGACUGUAGCAGGCCUUGUAGAACUGGCUACUAUGGGGUUAACUGUGAAAGUAGAUGUAGAUGCAGAAAUGGUGGGACAUGCGAUCCAGUGACAGGUCGAUGUACAUGCCCAGCUGGUUUCACAGGAACAUACUGUGAAACUGAAGAAGUACGUGCAACAGGAUUUCAGAUUCGUCAAACAGUGGCUGGUCGUACAGUAACAUGUGCAUCUGUAUCAACCGAUGUACAAAGAGACAGUUUCACCUAUGAAUGCAGAACAUUGAGGUAUGUAAACGAAUUGUUGUAUAAAAUACUUACACCAGUAUGUACUUGCCAACCACAUCAGGUGUAUAUAUUGUCAUACAGUACAAAUAAAACACAACAAGGAUUCUAUACAACGGUGUGA